AUGGAAGGCCUCACGACACAAGCAGUGAGCAAAUUCGUGAACACUAGCGACACGACCAGUGGUUACUUUACUAUAGGAGAAGUGCAGACGUGGUCUCUCGUACUGGCAAUGAUUGUGACAUUCACAGUGAUGGUUAUUGGGUCCCUCGGAAACCUGCUAACGCUUGUCACCCUCGCGCACCAGUUCUGCAUGCCUGUUCGAUUUAGGUGCAUCAAAUACAUGACACCUGACACUGUGCUCAUCAUUAACCUGGCACUUGCAGAUUUUCUCUACUCAGCUGUCAACCUACCCUUUAUGUUCUUUACGUAUUACACUAUAUAUAAGAGUAACAUCUCAGGGAUCCCCACAGCACCUUGGGAGAAUAAUAUGGCUACCUGCAGUUUCUCAGCUUUUCUCAGAUACACCAAUGCUUUCUCUGAAUGGAUGACUUUGGGUCUUAUGGCCUUAGAGAGAUGUCUUUGCAUCUACAAGUUUCGCCACAACAGCAGACGUCCAAACAAGUGGUUUACUUGCUGGAAAACCUUUAUAUACUGCCUAACCAUAUGGAUGUUUGGUAUGGCACUGCAGAUGCCAACAUACCUCGGGGUGUACGGGAAUUUUGGUUACAACAGCAUGACCCUCAAGUGUGAUUUUAUUGACACGAAUGGAGCGAAUCCGCGCAUCCUGUUUUUCACCAUGGAGACUGCUAUCCCCUGUAUUCUCAUUUUCAUUGGAAACAAUUUCAUUCUGAUCCAAGUCUACUCUAACAACAGUCGUAUUCUUUCGGUUAUGGGAUCACACGCAUUCCAACAAGCUCAGCUUCGCCGCAGCCGAACCACCAGUGUUAUUGUUCGUCUCUUAAUCGUGUUCCUUGUGUGCGUCAUACCCAUCUGCUUAUAUAACAUCAUCUUCGUCAGAGACAACGUCUCUCUACAUGAAACUAUCCCAGAACUUGGCAUAGUGCUGUACUGUAUCUACUUCUUGCAGUAUUACAUCAACAACUUCAUAUACGUCGUUUGUUUUGAAAAGUACCGUUGCGCGUACUACCAGUUCCUCUGUUUCAUUCUCUGUCGGAAGGUGAAGGCGGUAACACCGGUCAAGACCCUUCCUUUGCGUCCAAGCGACCAAGUCUACACGAUCAGCAGCCCCCACGGUCUGCAGGUGCCCCAGAGGAGGUUUCCCCGCACUCCCUCGGAGUGUGAGGAGGAGAGGCGCUCUGAAAAUGACCCAGAAUACCAACAAUGGCAGAGAAAUUCGCCGAACAGCUCGCUCUCAUCCCAAGCCAGUUUUGGUCUGGAGAUUCCCGAGUCGCGCCUUGCCUCGUCGCUCCGGUCGCAGGGGGAAAGUGUCACCUUUGAGAGCGACGUUCCCGACAGGAGGCACACUUUCGGGAGUCUGAGCACCUGUUCGUCGAAUGCCACUCUGGUCCUGCCUGCUGCGAGGAAAUUCUCCCUCAAGAAAAAGCUCAAGAGAACUUUCUCCAGAUGAGGGUUAGCAUUUUGGAUCAUGACAAGAAACAAGGUCCACUUUCAAAAUGGUUAAAAUGUACACCCUUAUGUUGUUUAUUUCUUCUUGUAUAUUUGAAUAUGUACAUAUAUUUGUUACCAGUUACUAAGUUAUCUUUCAUUGUACAUAGUCACUAUAAUUUAUAUUAAUGAUCAUGAAAUGUGUUGUCAUCUUUUAUAUGCCGUUUCACAUACAAAUACAUGGCAGCUGUGCACGCAUAUAUAUGUAUGUAUAUACAUAUAUAUUUUUAUAAUGAAUGUGUUCAAAUAUUUUGAUACUUCAGGAAAGUUUUUUUGUAAACAAGUAUGAACAAAGGUUUUUUGUAAAUAUAUAAA